ACCACAAGCUUCCUAGCUAUUUUAUUCCCCAAAAACCCACCCAACUGUGUGACAUUGCCCUAGGGGUCAGAGUUUGCUUCCACUAAUUCAUGGUGACGUGGCAUGAGAUUGCCCUUGCAAGGCAUUGGCAAAGACCACAGGCCUCAUCAUUAAAAUGAAGUAAUGUGCCACAGCAGCUUGUAUGUGCUAACAUGCAGAUGUCCUCAGUGUUGCAGUAAUUACGAAGGAAUAGCUUUCCCUUAGGUGGUGCGUGCUCCCACUUGACAUUUUACACAAGCCUGAAAAAGAACAGCAAACUAACGCUCAUACACCAAUGUAGCUCAGAAGAACCGCAGAUGGCACAAAGACAGAAGAGAUUUAAAAAUGGCAGUGGUGCAUUACGCCGUCAAGCUUGCUAUAUAUGAAAUUAACAUGCUAACAUGCAUCAGAUGGGACUGCCACCCGAGCUAUUUGGACAAGACACGUAAUACACAUGGUAUUGUUUUGCACAUGAUUAAAUGAACUGGAUAAUUCGCCUUGUCUGUUUUCAUACAGUUCAAAUAUUCCACGUUCGUAGAUUUCAUGCAUGUUUAAAAUCGCAUCCUCCUCGCGUGACCCAUCUGAUCUUCCUGUCUUCUGUAAUGCUGCUGGCCGCCAGUGACUCUCUUUGCCCUGUUUGGCUGAUUGCCUGCCAAUUCCAGCCUGUAACAUUGUUGUCAGUAAAAACAGAUGCGACACCAGGCAGGAAAUCAAAGCUGAGAUGGGGCACACUGCAAUUCAAAGGCCUUUAAAUCUCUCAUUGCUCCGAGAGAGAGUGAUCAGAGGCAAAUGUAUUAAGAUGGUGGCGGGCAGAUGCAAUUUACCUGGAGGUUGCUGUGCCUGUGCUGUGUAGACAGCAUGACUGGAUACUAUCUAUAAAAUGAUGAUAUUUUCACUGUGUGCGCACAGGAAUGCGUCAAUAUGUAGUUGAUAUUUGUGUGCACAUACAAUGAGGAAUACAAUAAACCAGCAGUCUUUUUGCAAUCUUCAAGGAAAAGAAAAUGUGCCAUUAACUAUUGAUCUACUGAAAAGGCAACUCACGUGCCAGGGCCGGGUGAAGCCUGCCAUAAUGGUUAUCUGGCAAGAUACAAGAGAGCAGCAGUGUUAACAAGCCAUACAUCAGUGUCAGAUGCUGUUGUCUUUUUAUGCACACCUGUGUUGACUGGUUGACUGCACUCCCUCCCUCCAGGACAGCAGGUAGAUUGAAUCUGUUUACACACUCCCACAAGCCCUAGGUGAGCCAAGAUGCCUUUCUUCAUCUCUUCCCCUUUUCUCACACUCUUCCUUCAUUGAAAGAGGCUGUAAUCAGAGCAGGCGCCGAGACUCCUGGGAGGAAGCGAUCAAUGAUGGACACCAUAAUGUGUCUCGCUGUAUUCCUUGUCACACUCAACCCUUCUGCCUGUGUUGGGAGUUCUCUCUUUCACGCACACACAUAGGCACACAGAUGGAGUCUGUGGCAGAUUUGAAUGACCCUAUAUGACCAAAGGUGCUAUUUGAUGUUUAACCAGCAGAUGGACACCCUACCUGAAAGAGCCUUAAGAAACCGAGUGCAUAAAAGAUUUGCAUCAGAGAAUGAGUGCUUAAGUCUUAAUUAUAAGCAUUUAGUCCAGUGCCCUUCAAGUCUUUUCACCACUUCACCACUUAGUUUGGCUGGACACUGAAUUGCUCAAAUGGACCUCCAUCGGACUGCCUUUAAGAUGGAGAACUCCUACAUGUCCGGUCCACUAACCUCCCCUGCCCUCAUGGUCCUGGCCUCAACAGCCGAAGCCGGACGUGAUGCCUCUGUACCCUGCCAACCUCCACGACCAUUCGGAGUGCCCGUCACUUUAGAAAAGGACAUGCAUCUCCCGUUCCCCAGUGGUUCUUAUACAUUUGCCUCCAUGUACCAUCGCCAAGGUGGUUUUCCUCCUCGAGACUUCCCCACACCCCUUCUCCACCUUCACCCACAGUUUGCUCCACCCAAUCUGGACUGCUCACCACUGGGUAUGCUUAACCACGGAGGGGUGGGGGCCUUCCGGCCGUUCUCAUCCCCACCUGAGGAGCGUGAUGGAGGGGGGUACCAGUCCGCGUUUCUCCCUGCCAAGCGCUUAAAGGGCGGUCUGGAACCGGAUGCUGCACCUCACCUCCGCUACACGGAUGUGGAGGUGAAAGAGUUUGACUUUGGGGGUGCUCAUGUUCCUGCCGGUUCUCCGAGUGCUCUGAGGGUAGCUGAGGAUGUUGGGAAAAAGCUGUUUAGCCUGUCUGGGCUGUUAGCAAAUGCACAGACAUCAUCCGGCCCAGAGGAGCACAAAGAAACAAAUAAAAUAAAGAGCCUGUAUGACACUCAGACGCCCAUGUGUCCGAUUUGUCAGUCUGUGCUGCGGCCUGGAGAGCUACAGGAACACAUGGAGGAGGAAAUGGAGCGUCUGAUGCAGCUGCAAAACGGUCAAGGUCCCGCUCAAAAGGAGUUUCUCUCUGCUGGGCAGCCUAAGUCUCUUUUCUCUAUGCACAUAAAGAGAGAAGGUCCCUUGUCUGUGUCCUCUCCGCGUCCUGCUGAUGAGGCUGUGAACUCUGACAGGUACCAGACAUUUUUGCGAGUCCGAGCAAACAGGCACACAAGACUAAAUGCACGCAUUGGUAAACUGAAAAGACGGAAAGCGGAGGAAGAUCAGAGAGAUGGUCUGGGUGUUAUUGAAGAUGCCUCUGUGCUGUCAGCCGGGAGUGAGUUUGAAUGGGGAGAACAGAGACGAAUACAGAUGGUUUCUGUUCUCAGAGGAUUCAGAGGUUUGGUAAGCAGCACAUUAAAGGAGCACCAGGACAGCGAUGCAGAUCUGGACGUGGAUGGAGAUGAUACUCUGGAGUAUGGAAAAGCCCAAUACACAGAGGCAGAUGUGAUUCCCUGUUCAGGAAAGCAAGCGAAAGAUGCAGAGGAACGGCGGGCGCUGAGAGGAGUUAUAUUAAAUGGGGACACAUUCAGCCGGUUAUCACCGGAGCAAACCAAGUUGGCAAAUUCAGAAACUCCAACUACCAGUAAUGUAGAGUUCGACAGCAAUACAAGCACAACGUCUCCAAGAACCUGUAAGAACAGCGAGUUAGAGAAUGUAUCGGACGACCCCUCCCUCGGUACAUUAGAGGCCCUAAAAACACGAAUCAGAGAUCUGGAGAAGCAGCUCACGCGAGGUGACAGAUUCAAGUGUCUCAUCUGUAUGGAUUCUUACACCGUACCCCUGACGUCUAUCCAGUGCUGGCAUGUUCACUGUGAGGAAUGCUGGCUUCGCACUCUGGGAGCAAAAAAGCUUUGCCCGCAGUGUAAUACUAUCACUUCACCUGGGGACCUGAGACGAGUGUAUUUGUGAUGAAAUACACUCGUUUCUUUGGUGUCUUUUCAUCUGCCUGUUUGCACUCUACAUAAACUUUUACUGAAGAGACUCUGUUCAUGUUGAAAAGCAUUUAUAUGAAGACCACUGUGACCGGUUUUCGUUUCUUGAAGAAAUGGUAUAUGGUAUAAAUCUUCAGAAAUAUUGUUCUGUAACAAUAUUGUAAGGAUGAUAAAACAGAAUUGUAUGUACUUAUAAAACCUUGUUUUGAUGUUUAAUUAUAAUUUUUUAAGUUAUUCUCAUAGAGAAAGAUAUAAAGCAAUCCGUCCAAUAGAUUUGUGAAUGUUUUCAGACUGAAACACUGAAGUGAACCUACAGUAGCGGUGUUCAUCUCUGAAACGGUGAAGAGAGAGUUAAGCUUUCAAAUCAUGUGUAAACUGUGUUUUGUGAAGAAUGUGCAGAAAAUCAACAAAUAUUUUACUUUUCCGUAUUUUUCCAUACUUCUGUGACUGUACAGCUAUACAGUAAUGUUUUGAGUAAAGAAUUAGGAUCUUUUAAAUAUGAUUUAUGAUAACUUAUGUUGCCUUUGAGGUAAUGUACUGUUUAUAUAGUGUAUUUGUUUAUCUCAUACAUUGAAUUUUUGUUUGUUUAAUCGUUCCUUUAUGCUAAGCAUGCUUAAAAUUAAAGAGACGAGAUUGCUUAUGGCACAAAAUUACCCCCCCCCCUACAUUUUUAGAUUAAAUUUAAUGCCAAAAUUAUGGACACUUAAUAUUCAUACAGUAUACAAUAUACUCUGAAAGUAGUUCUCUGUAUAUUUUCUAUCUUUUCUCCUUUAAAGAAAGGUGAUUUUGUAGAUCGAAUUGUCUUUAUUUCUGUAAUGAAUUACGUUGAUAUUUAACCAUGACAGUUGAUUGGCAGGUCGCUGCUGUAUUAAUACUUGUCUUAUAUAUAACAGAGCUACAUUUAGUAGCAUAUGCUGCCCUCUGGCUUUUAGGUUGGGUUGCAGCACUUGGACAUCGUGUUCAGUUUUCUCCACUUCUGAGCAGAGCAAAAACCUCCUGAAUUUAGGAAUCUAACAGAAGAGUAGUUCAGUUUCCUUUUGUGGUAUUUUAGCAAUAGUUUUGUUACUGUCUAGACGCUCUAGUCCAGUUACGACACGUAACUGAAAUAUCGUGAAGCACUUUUGAUAGUUAUCUGAAAUAAAUAGCCUUGUUUUAUGAUGAUGUAUUUUGUACAGAUUUGUCUGUUUUUCUUUGACAAAAAAUAAACUAAUUUUGUUGUCUAA